AUGCUUAUAACUGCACAAGACAUGACACUACUGGAUUUUCACCAUUUUUUCCUGAUGUUUGGCUGUUCUCUGAGAUUACUGGUCAACUUGUUAUUUGACCUGGGUGGCAACCUUAAACAAGGUAAUUACCAGAAUUAUGUUGAGACAUGGCAAACAGAUACGAGACAGGCAUAUGAUGUAGCAUCGAGGAGUAUCCAGCAAUUGUUAGCCAGGGGUAGAGGAUAUUAUGUCAGGAAGGCUUCUGCUGCAGUCCUACUUCCUGGUUAUUGCGUACCUGUUGGAAACCUUUCAGGAAGGGAAGCACCCGGAAAGCUUUGUUCACACUUGGAAGAGGAAAUA